AGUGUAACCCUUCCUCUUGAAGAAUGAGGUUUCAUAUUUCACAAGACAGUGUGAGACUUCAUUUCUAAACACUGGACUCCAAAAGAGAAGGCCCCAAAAUAGCAUAAAAAGAUCUCUGCUUUUUUACCCGAGGACCCUUAUCGUCCUGAGAAAAUGCCCACGGCGAAGAAAACGCUGACAUUCUUACUCAGCUUCGUCACCAGCCUGGGGGCUUUCGUUGUCCUUUGCGUUGUUCUGGCGACCCAGCAGUGGAUCCGCAGCACGAUCGCCAUCAGUGACUCCUCUUCGAAUGGUAGUGUGAUCAUCACCUAUGGGCUCCUUCGUGGGAAGAGUAUUCAAGAAUUGAAUCAUGGACUUGCAGAACCAGACAAAAAUUUUGAAGUUUUAGGGACAUUGACCAAUUCUUCCCCGAAGACUCUGCACUCGGUGGUCAUCGUGUUCCUGGCCCUUGGUUUGUUCAGUUCGCUGCUGAGUGCCGGGUUCACCUUCUACAACAGCGUCAGCAACCCCUACCAGACGUUCCUGGGGCCGAUGGGCGUGUACACCUGGAGCGGGCUCAGCGCAUCCUUCACAUUCAUAACCAUGGUGCUCUUUGUGGGGAACACGCAGUCCAAUCGUCUCUCAGAAGAGCUGGCCCAGAGGCUGUAUCCGCUCUAUCCAGCUGCCACUCAACAAGGGACGUCCCACACUUAUGGAUACUCGUUUUGGCUCACCCUGCUGGUCAUCCUCCUAAAUGUGGUCACUGCGGUCAUCAUCAUCUUCUACCAGAAGGCCAGAUACCAGCGGAAGCAGGAGCAGAGAAAGCCCAUGGAGUCUGCCCCAAGGGAUGGAAUUCUAUUCUGAAGUCUGUGCCCUCGUUUGGUGGCUAGGUCUCCUGUUGAACGCCAGCUCUCAGAGCAGUAACUGGCUGGUGUGGCUGAGUCAUCAGCAGGGAAAAGUGUGGCCCUGUCUGACCGUCACUCGGGGACAGUUUUCACAUCUCACGACACUAUGUUCUUCAUAAAUGAUGCAUCCUUGACAAAGGACGCUUCCCGUGAGGGUGGGGAAGGUGAAGAAGAAAGCUCGGCGGUCCGCGUCGUGUUCAAAGCAGGGCCAUGAUUGUGAGCCUGUCGACCUUCUGACCUGGCCUCACUCUCUUAAGUAAUAAAGGCUUGUGUUACACGCCUCGCCUCAAAGCACUUUGCUACCUGUGACCUCAUUCCCCACAGGAGGGACCACGCAUUUUGCUUCCACCCUGUGAAUGGAGACUUGCAGACAAGGAGGGAUCCAGAAAUUGUUUUUCCUAGGCCGGGUGUUAGAAGGGAAGGAGAGACUUAGGGGUGUGCGACCUGGACUUCUGGACCCUCCGCCUCUGAUCUAACUUAAACCCAGUGCUGGGUAGAGAGGCUGACAUUCAGUUUUGAGUUUCCAAGGUGGACUUUUGGCAGGGAAAAGACGAGGAAGGAAGAAGAUCAAGGAAAGAUGGAAAUUAUAGCUCCAUAGCCUCAUGCUAAGAAGGUUAAAUAUAUUUUUGUUUAAAAGACUGUGGUUAGUUCAGUCAAAAUAGAAAUGUCAUAUUUUGGCGAGUUCUGAAACCCCCUUCAGCCGACGCUCUGCUCGGCUGCUGCAGUGUCCCCGACACAGGUGAGGGAGCAUCACCCAUCGCAGACUCCUGGUGGCUGGAGGCUCAGCAAGCAGUGGGGUCUGGUUCUGUGACUUUCAGGUAUAUCCUGAGUCAGGGCCAGGGCAGGGGCACAGCGCAGUGAUGGAUUGCACAGGUGGAUGGAACUAGUUCAUGGCUCACGAGAGGACAGUGGGUGACCUGGAAUAUUUUUUUAAAAACACCAGAUGGAUUUGGCCUACUUUACCUGUAGGAUAUUCUCUCAGAAAAUCACUUUGGGAAUCUUUUAGACUUGCAUAUCCUACACUUUAGCCGGGUCAAUGAUGUCAGGAUUCUGAAAUAAUCACCUUUCACAUUGUGAUAGAACUAGAGCCUAAGGGAACAGAAUUCCCGUAGUGUAAUUUACAAA